UGAGCUGCGUGCAGUGGUUUUGGUCUCUUUCACGGCUCUACAAGGUGUGCCACUGUGUGCUGUCACUGCAGGGCCCGCUGGCCUCAGACAUGGCUCGUCUUGUCCUCCCUUUCCUCUUUGCUCUUUGCUUCUUGCUCCACCUCAGCUCCAGCCGUCCAUCUCGCAGCAGGAAAGCGGUGUCACCCCGUCAGCCUGGAGAAGCAGCUGCAGAAGAUGAGGUGAAGUCCCAGCUUGAGAGGUUGUGGCGGGAGGUGAACUCACUGAAGGAGAUGCAGGCGUUGCAGACAGUCUGUCUCCGUGGUAUCAAAGCGCACAGGAAGUGUUAUCUCACAAUUGAGGAACCCAAACAUUACCAUGAAGCAAAUGAAGACUGCAUUGCACAAGGGGGAACUCUUGCAACGCCACGGGACCUGACGGAAAACAAUGACCUCAGGGACUAUGCAAAGAGGAGCGCUCCUGGAUCCAGGGACUUCUGGAUCGGUGUAGCAGACAUCGUGAAAGAAGGCCAGUAUGUUGAUGUCAACAGUCUGCCAGUCAGCUACUUCAACUGGGACCGCUCCAAGAAGCAGCCCACAGGAACCAACAGGGAGAGCUGUGUUGCUCUUUCAGUAGUUGCACAAGGAAAGUGGUACGAUGAGGUGUGUCGCAGCCUCAAAAAGUACAUCUGUGAAUAUGUUAUUCCCUAGAGGAUAAAAAUAGGUUGUUGACAACUUGAUGAUGGUUUGUGCAAUAAAUUCAUUAAAAAUGUGUUGUCAAAUCUGUGCUAAUUGACAAUGAAAACAUGA